AUGUUUUCGACAAACACAGGAAAAUAUAACGCAGAAAAAGCGGAAGGUGAUGAUACAAACGAGAUCGGCUACCGACAGUCUCGAGAGAAUGACCAAAUCGAUCUCAAGUACGGGUUCGAACGGGUGAAAGACACGCAAGAACGCACAGGCUAUCUUAUCAACAUACACUCGACGGAAAUUCUUAAUGAGGACCGCCGACUGGUAGCCGCUUUGGAUAUGUAUUUCUUACAAAUGGACGGAAGUCGUUAUAAAACAACGGUCAUCUACGCUCCCUACCUGUUGCUGAUCACACGCGACGGCACCUCCCUGGAAGUGGCCAAGUUUCUAGGUAAAAAGUACUCCGGUCAGUUGCUUGCCAUUGAACACAUACAAAAGGAAGAUCUCGAUUUGCCGAAUCAUUUGAGCGGGUUGAAGCAAAAUUUGCUUAAAUUGCGCUUUCCGAACACGACACAGAUGAACAAGGUAAAGCGUGAUCUGAACACUGCGGUACGCAAAAAUCGGGAGCGUGAAAAGGCCAACACGUAUUACAUGCAGAUGUUGAGCACCUCGCUGUCGACCGCAAUUCGCUUCGAUGGUACCGAAGGCGAAGGAAGCGGACCGAAUCAGAAUGUGGAUUUUUAUGACUACAUUGUGGACAUACGAGAGCACGACGUACCGUACCACGUUCGAGUGUCUAUUGACUUGAACAUAUUCUGUGGCACGUGGUAUACAGUCCGGUGCCGGGGUGGGGAUGAACCGCCAGUUAUUACGCCUCGCCCCGACAUCAUAGAUCGUCCUGAGCCGGUCAUAUUAGCGUUCGAUAUCGAAACUACGAAACUACCGCUCAAGUUUCCAGACGCGCAAACCGAUCAAAUUAUGAUGAUAUCCUACAUGAUCGAUGGACAGGGCUAUUUGAUCACGAACCGUGAGAUCAUUAGUGGCGAUGUAGAUGAUUUCGAGUACACCCCGAAGCCAGAAUUCGAAGGCAACUUUAUAGUUUUUAACGAAGCUAACGAGCUGGGGCUGUUGCAGAAAUUCUUCGACCAUAUCCUGGAGGUAAAACCGCACAUCUUUGUAACGUACAACGGUGACUUUUUCGAUUGGCCGUUCGUUGAAGCACGUGCAGCAGUAUACGAUCUGGAUAUGCGACGCGAGAUAGGUUUCUCAAAGGUAAAUGGGCGCGAUGGCAAUUAUCUGUGCCGUCCUGCAAUGCAUCUCGAUUGUUUGUGUUGGGUGAAGCGUGAUUCGUAUCUUCCGGUUGGUUCGCAUGGUUUGAAAGCGGUCGCGAAGAGUAAACUGCGGUACGAUCCCGUCGAAUUGGACCCGGAAGAGAUGUGCCGGAUGGCGGUGGAGCAACCGCAGGUGUUGGCCAACUAUUCGGUCUCGGAUGCGGUAGCUACGUACUACCUGUAUAUGAAGUAUGUGCACCCAUUCAUCUUUGCGCUGGCAACGAUCAUUCCGAUGGAACCGGAUGAAAUACUGCGGAAAGGUUCGGGAACGCUUUGCGAAUCGUUGCUUAUGAAGGAAGCGUUCAAGGUGAACAUUGUAUUUCCUAACAAGCAAGUGUCGGAGUUGAAUAAACUUACCAACGAUGGGCAUGUCCUGGACUCGGAAACGUACGUAGGAGGACACGUGGAAGCGCUCGAAUCCGGUGUGUUUCGCGCUGACAUCAGUACUCGCUUUCGGCUUGACCCGGAUAUGAUCAAACAACUGCAAGGCAAUGUGGAGAAAGUACUGGAGCAUGCAAUUGUUACCGAAGAAGGCGUUCCCAUAUCGGACGUGAUCAACUUUGAAGAAGUCAAGGCGGAAAUUUUAUCAGCGCUCCAACAGCUGCACGACAUUCCUACGCGGCUCGAGCAGCCAGUCAUUUACCAUCUCGAUGUCGGUGCCAUGUACCCGAACAUCAUACUUACGAACCGUCUUCAACCGUCAUCCAUGGUGAGUGAUGCGGAUUGUGCUGCGUGUGAUUACAACAAACCGGGUGCACUAUGCAAACGGGACAUGGAGUGGCUGUGGCGCGGAGAAAUGCUUCCAGCAAGUCGUAACGAAUUUCAGCGCAUUCAACAGCAGCUUGAGACGGAGAAGUUUCCGCCACUGUUUCCAGGUGGUCCACAGCGCGCCUUUCACGAACUGUCGCGCGAAGAUCAAGCAAAUUACGAGAAGAAAAGACUGUCGGAUUACUGCCGAAAGGCGUACAAGAAAACGAAGGUUACACGGUUGGAGACGCGAACGUCUACCAUCUGCCAGAAGGAAAACAGUUUCUACGUCGAUACGGUGCGAGCGUUCCGUGAUCGUCGGUAUGAGUAUAAGGCGUUAACUAAGGUUGCAAAAGCGGCGGUUACGGCGGCUGUAAAGAGUGGUGAUGCAGGCGAAAUAAAGGCCGCAAAAGGGCGCGAAGUACUGUACGACUCCCUGCAGCUUGCUCACAAAUGCAUUCUCAAUUCGUUCUACGGAUACGUGAUGCGUAAGGGUGCCCGUUGGCACAGCAUGCCAAUGGCGGGAAUUGUCUGUUUGACUGGUUCGAACAUUAUCACAAAAGCGCGAGAAAUCAUCGAACGCGUUGGUCGACCGCUAGAGCUGGAUACCGACGGUAUAUGGUGCAUAUUACCCGCAUCAUUUCCCCAAGAGUUUACCUUCCGAACAAACCAUCAGAAGAAGAAAACGCUCAACGUUUCGUACCCAAAUGCUGUGUUAAACACGAUGGUGAAGGAUCAUUUUACCAACGAACAGUAUCAUGAGCUGGUGCGAGCUGGAGAUGGCGGCAAGGGCGCUGAAUAUUCGGUACGUUCGGAAAACUCGAUUUUCUUCGAGGUUGAUGGCCCUUACCUGGCUAUGGUGCUACCGGCAGCCAAAGAGGAAGGUAAAAAGCUGAAAAAACGCUACGCAGUAUUUAACUUCGAUGGGUCGCUGGCAGAACUGAAGGGCUUCGAGGUAAAACGGCGUGGAGAGCUUCAGCUGAUUAAGAUAUUUCAAUCAUCCGUAUUCGAAGCGUUCCUGCAAGGCUCAACGCUGGAGCAGUGUUAUGCGUCCGUGGCCAAAAUAGCCGACUAUUGGCUAGAUGUGUUGUACAGCAAGGGGCACAAUAUGCCGGACAGCGAGCUGUUUGAACUGAUUUCGGAGAAUCGUUCUAUGUCGCGAAAGCUUGAAGAUUAUGGCGAACAGAAAUCAACUUCCAUCUCGACGGCAAAACGUUUGGCCGAAUUUUUGGGAGAUCAAAUGGUAAAGGAUGCUGGACUGGCGUGUAAGUUUAUAAUUUCUCGCAAACCGGAAGGAGCCCCGGUAACCGAACGAGCCAUCCCGCUGGCUAUAUUUCAGUCCGAAGUAAGUGUACGACGGCAUUAUUUGCGACGCUGGUUGAAGGACAAUACGAUGGGCGAUGCCGACAUUCGGGAUGUUUUGGAUUGGAACUAUUACAUCGAACGAUUGGGAGGAACGAUUCAGAAAAUCAUCACGAUCCCGGCUGCCUUGCAGGGGUUAAACAAUCCGGUACCGCGUGUGCAGCAUCCCGACUGGUUGCACAAGAAAAUGUUGGAGAAAAAUGACACCUUGAAACAACGACGCAUAAGCGAAAUGUUUAGCGUAGCACCGCCAAAACCAGCCGCUCCCAGUACAGACCUUACCGACGUGGAAGAUUUAGUAAGCAAACAAUCCAAUGGAGGCCAGUUACCGGGAGUUCCCGUAGCGCACAAACGUCGCCGAGAAGGAUCUGACGAUCGUGGAGCACAAUCCGAUGAUGAACCGGUGCCUACAGUUCCAAAAACGUGGCGCGAAGCUCUGGGUGAUCCGCCCUCACCUGGCACCACCAAGGCAGAACUGGUAGAAUGGCUACGGUUUCAUAAGCGCAAAUGGCGCUGGCAAAUAUCUCAACGCGAUCGCCACCAUCGCGAUGUGCGUAACAACAGCAAACGAAUUCGUACUGCCGUCGAUGAAAAUGUCAGUGCAGCGGCACCAACUCGAGCUGUGACGCUGGGUGGCUUCCUGCGCAAAACGCAACGCUCGCUGAUUGAGCAAAGCUGGCAGAUUAUACAGCUUAUACCGGUGGACGACCUGGGCAACUUUACCGUGUGGGCUAUGGUUGGAGAGGAGUUGCACAAAAUUCGACUCUCGGUACAGCGAAUCUUUUACGUUAACCAGCGAACUCCGGCACCUCCCGAGAACGACGGUGCAAUAACGCCGGGGGCGGGCAAAUCGAUGUGGAAAAAGGUUCACCGUGUGUUGCCACGUGCACGACCCGUCUACCAUCUCUACCAGUACGUGGUUCCGGAGCAGAUCUUUCGCGAUAAUCGUCUCGGUUUGCUCGCCGAUCUUGCUACGCCCGAUAUUGAGGGCAUUUACGAAACGCAAAUGACGCUAGAAUUUCGUGCCCUCAUGGAGUUGGGCUGUGUAUGCGCAGUACAGCGGUCUGAAGCAAGAGCGCUGGCAGCUUUAGCAACGAAAGAUCUCGAAGCGUUCAACAUACAGCAGUUGGAAAUGCGUCCCAGUAACUCCACAUCCUACUUGAAGAGCUCAAAAAAUGGUGGUGUGAAUAUGCGCAAGAUAUUCAUUUAUCAGCACGUUUCACCAACGGGAAAACGUGAGAUGUGGGGCCUAUUUUCGCCAGCCAACAAAAAAGCGCUUGUGAUCGUGCUGGAUACGGUACGCACGAAUCAACUGCCAACCGUAAAGAAUCUUUACACCUCCGAACGGAUUGCACUCCUAACGGCCGGUGGCGAAAAUCAAGAAGAAAUGCUACCACCGCCAGAUAUGACAUUCGAGGUGUACAUGGAAAUCGAUGCUAAGCAGGUGUACCAGCGUGUUACACGAGCGCUAACGGCAUAUCGAGACGAAAAACGUGGACCAACGCUGCUAUGCCUUCAAACCGCACUUGGACUGCAGAAGCUAAAUCAAAAUUUGCCUAUCUGCUUAGAGUUCCCGGAGGUUUCUAUUCACAUUGCAGACGAUGCGGCUCUUCUCUCCGGGCUCGAUUGGCAACGGCACGGUGCACGGUCCAUGAUAAGACACUUCCUCAAUCUUAACCGCGUACUGCAAAUGAUGCUAGAACAAUGUCUCUACUUCCAGCUGCCCUUGGGCAACAUGCCACCGGAUACAGUUCUUUUCGGGGCCGAUUUAUUCUAUGCCAGACUGCUGCAGCGUUAUAAUUUCGUUCUUUGGUGCUCAGCCGGGGCCCGUCCCGACCUUGGUGGACGCGAAGCGGACGACAGUCGACUGCUGGCCGAAUUUGAGGAUAACAUCUCGAUCGUACAGAAUCGCGCGGGACUUUAUCGAUCUGUUUGCGUUGAACUAACCGUGGAGAGUUUGGCCGUUUCGGCUUUGCUGCAGGCAAGUAAAGUGCAGGAACUCGAGGGAACGUCUUCAGCAAUUACGUUCGACGUAAUGCCACAAGCAUCGCUAGAAGAGAUGAUCACCAGUGGACCGAACGGGCCACAACUUUCCAACUACGACGAAACGGCCCUUUGUAGUCAAGCAUUUCGCGUAAUGCGAAUGAUGGUCAACGCAUGGUUGCGCGAAGUUUCCAUCAACCGGAAUGUGUUUUCCGACUUUCAGAUCAUUCAUUUCUACCGUUGGGUACGGUCGAGCCGUGCCCUACUGUACGAUCCUGCUUUACGACGCGCACUGAACACCCUGAUGCGGAAACUGUUCCUGCAAAUUGUGGCCGAGUUUCGGCGCAUGAAAGCGGAGAUCAUAUAUGCGGACUUCAAUCGCAUCGUGAUCGAUACCGGCAAACGAACGGUUGCCGAUGCCAUUAGCUACACGGAUUUUGUUGUGCAGAACAUUCGCAAUCGUGAGCUGUUUCAUAGCGUUUCGUUGUCCUUUCAACAAGCGUGGGAAUUUUUACUCUGGAUUGAUCCUACCAACUAUGGUGGUGUGCGAGGCAAUCUGCCGAAGGAUGUAAUUGCCUCGGCGGAAAUGACCACCCCAGCAUCGCAAGAGGAGGAUGCAGAGGAAGAGGAACUUUCGCUCGAAAUGAACUGGAGCAUCUCGGAGCAGCUUCCCGAGGAGAGAAGAUGUCGUGCAAAUUUUGAAAGCUUCGUCGUCUCCUUCCUGCAAACGAUGGCCGAAGGAGUUUCCCCUGAAAGUGCGCUAAAAAAGUUAGCUUGCGUCGCGUAUGGAAUGGUGCAGAAAAUGCACGACGGAUAUGCACGUGGUGCGAGCGGGCCGGCUUUAGAGUUUGUAAAAGCUGUCUCUAAAGCUUUGGCGGCUUGCAAAGAAAUAGACGAGCAGUUAACGACCAUGCGGCGCAACAUGUUGCUGCUUGUCGGCGUGGGAGACUUUAGUGACAAGGCGAUAUGGAAAGAGUCGAUAAAAUCGUUCGUCCUUACGGAGGUGAUCUGCCAGGCGUGUAACCAUUGCCGUGAUUUAGAUCUCUGCAAAGACACUCAUCGCGCAUUGAAGGAUGGAGACCUACCUGUGUGGCUGUGUGCGCAGUGUAACGUCGACUAUGAUAACGUGGAGAUUGAAAUGCGACUCCUCGACGUCGUUCAACGAAAGCUGAUGUCCUACACGUUGCAGGAUCUACGGUGCGUCAAGUGCAAGCAAAUCAAGCGGGAAAAUCUCUCUCAAUAUUGCACCUGUACCGGUAACUUUGAAAAUCUCAUCUCUACGGGCGAGAUACGACGAUUGCUUCAGACUUUCCACAUGCUGGCCAAAGACUAUCGCAUGCGUGUUCUGGAAGAAACUGUUCAGCACAUACUGCAAACGUAAGC